AAAAAAAUUAUAACGACCAAAUAAAUAAGUUAACACAAGUAAUCUGUAAUGAAGCUAAUUAGUAAAAUUUAAACAUAUGACUGCAUAGCAACUCUUGACAUGUCAUACUAAACCAAACAGUACAUCAGAGUCUUUUAAAAACAUCCUUUGAAUUGACCAAGUAGGCAGCCACCAACAGCAGCAGCCAAAGUCCAAAACCCACAGAAACCCUUAUUUCUCUCCUGAAUGGCCUCUCACUGCCACCACCAAACCCCUCCUCCCACCACCACUCACUGUUACUGCCACUGCUACAACCCUUCUUACACCUGCUGCACACCCCUUUCAAAUCCACCCCAACACCACCUUCUACAAGCCAUUGCUUCACUCCUCUCUCAACCUCAACCUCAACCUCAACCACACCCUACUCCAAUUCCCAUUCCCAUUCCCAUUCCCACUCAACACUACACCAAAUCUUCCACUCACACUCAAAACCACCACUUUCAACACCAACAUCAACCCCAUUCCACCAUCUCCUCCCUCCUCCACCGCAUCGAAUCCCUCGAAGCCUCUCUCAACCACUACACCCGCCACUCCCUCCGCCACGCCGCUGCUCGCGUCAUCCAAACCCACUUUCGCUCCUUCCUCGCUCGCCGAUCAAGAACCCUAACCCACCUCAAACACCUCGCUUCCAUCAAAUCCACCCUCAACGCUCUCAAGUCCUCACUUUCCGACCACACUCAUGUCGAUUUCGCAUCCCUUUCCCUCAAAGCCGUGAACUUGCUCCUCGAACUCGACUCCAUUCAGGAUUGUGAUCCAAUGAUUGUGGAUGGGAAAAGAUCGAUUAGCAGAGAUUUGGUUCGGUUUUUGGACUCAAUUGAAGAGGUUGCUUUGAAAAGGCACGUGCUUUGUGUAAGAGAAGCAAAGACUGUGAGGUCUGGUAAGAAAGUUCUUCACAAACCAAGAAAUUCUGGUGAUGAUGAGAGAAGGAAGCUAUUGCAGAAUUUGAGGGGUAGGGUUGAGAAGCUUAGUAAAUUGUGUAAGGUUUCUGCUGAUCAUGAAGAGGAUUCAGGGUCUGAGGAGGGAAUUCAUGAUGGUGGUGAUGAUGGGGCAAGAGUAACCAAUGUUUUGAUUGGUGGAAGGAAUGAGGUGUCCCCAAACAAGAACGGGGUCCUCCUUCAUAGGCAAGGGGUUCAGCCUAGAGUGAAGAAGAGUGUGAGGUUUGCAGAGAAUGGGAAUAUUUAUGAGGUUUAUAAUAGUGGGGAUGUGACUUGUUCAGAUGGAACUUGUUCAUCUAGUGAUGAGCAAGGAGAGGUUUUGGAGAAUGUGGGUGGUGCAGUUGAUGAUGGUGUGGAUUCUUCUCAGGGUGCUGAGGACGAUGAGGAAGUGCUGGUGGUGGAGAGUGGAGCAUUGCCGCGAAGCAGUGAUGAUGGGGAGAGGAAUACUAGAAUUAUUCUUGAAAAUGAUGGCAGAAAUGUGGUGAAAGGACAGCUUCAAGCAAACCAAGAGAGGCUCCUGUUCUCUGCUCCAUUGCCUCUUAAGAUGGAAAACAGAAGUGGUUUGAAGAAGAGUAAAGGUGUGAAAAUUUUGACGUGAAGGACCAUGGCAUGGAUCAUGUAAGACUGAGUUUCUGUUUGAUUUGUAUUGUUUAAUUGUAAUCUAGGAGAAUUUGAUUGGACUUCAGAUUGGUAGAGUUCUUUUGAGUGUCUAACUGGUUGUUGGUUCUGAUAAAAGUCAAUGAAGUUUUAAGGGACUGAUAAGAAAA